GCUAACAGUUUUUUUGGUGUGCGAAGGGACACAUGUUGCUCCACGCCUACAAGUUGUCACUCGUAGUAAUGGCUCCUAAACCGCGCAUUCGUCACUUGGCAGGAGCAACUUGGCAAAGCGCGAUGAAGAGAGCAAGGACAAUGAGUACUGAAACUGAGACCGAGUCAUCAUCAAUGAAAGACGCAUUCUCCAAAUAUGCGGAUUACCUCAAUAACCUUAAUGAUAAACGAGAAAGGGUGGUGAAAGCAAGUCGUGAUAUUACUAUGAAUAGCAAGAAGGUUAUUUUUCAAGUGCACAGAAUAAGCAAGCACAACAAAGAGGAAGUUCUGGAUAAAGCAGUUAAAGAUCUGGCAGCUGUGACUGAUCAAUAUGUGUCCCGGCUAGUAAAGGAACUCCAAGGGACUGAUUUCUGGAAGUUAAGACGAGCAUAUUCUCCUGGGGUUCAAGAAUAUGUUGAAGCUGCAACACUUUGUAAUUUCUGCAAGACAGGGAAUCUAUUAACUCUUGAUGAGAUUAAUGCAGCCUUUCUCCCAUUAAGUGAUCCUUCUGUUGAACCCUUGCAGAUUAACAUCCUAGAUUAUAUCUUAGGCCUUGCGGACUUGACAGGAGAAUUAAUGAGGUUGGCAAUUGGUCGAAUAUCAGAAGGGGAACUUGAUUUUGCUGAGAAGAUCUGCAGUUUUGUCCGUGAAAUUUACAGGAAGCUUACUCUUAUUGCCCCUGAAAUGGAUGAUCCUUUAGACAUGAAACAGAAAAUGGAAACUAUGCUCCAGAGUGUAAUGAAGAUAGAAAAUGCUUGUUUUAGUGUUCAUGUAAGAGGAUCGGAGUACAUUCCCCUGCUUGGAUCUGCUGACCCCAGUUAUCCACUGUUGGGCAUGCCAGACGUUGAAUGAAGAAGCAGAAAGAGAAGUGUUUGUUUGCUGUAGAAGUUCAUGUAGCUCUCUACCUGGAUAUGCAAAUGGUGUAGAGAACUGCAUCAAACUGGUGAGGAAAGGAAUAUUGGAAGGACGCAUUUUCCACAUACUUUCCGAAGGUACCUGGUGGAAACUAUAUGCGACUUUGUAGGGGAAAUUGCACAGCUUUUACUUGCUCUAGUCCACCUACUGACCUAAUGGAUCUUGAAAUCUGGUUCUUACAAUCUCAAAUAUUUUCCUCUCUUCAUCUUGUCUUGAAUAUAUGGCACUCCCUUCCUUUUUCCUUUUUGUAUUUUACCCCUUUUGGAUCUGGGAAUCAUUGGAUGAUACUUUAAUGGUGUUGACAUCUUUAAUCUAAUGCAUAUUUCUUUUUUGGGGCCUCUUGUAAAUUGGUCAAA